UGCCCACCCCCUAGAACGCCUGGGUCCUAUGGCUGGGCCUUAGAGGCCUCGGCUCUCCCCUCCCAAUCUUCGCUCUCACGAUGCCGCCGGCCCCAGCCCCCCUCCUCCUCGCCUUCUCUGUCUCCUGCCUCGGGCCCCCUGCUCUCGCCACCCCGGCCCAUCCCGAUGGGCUGCCCCCCGGCCGAACCCCUCUGGCCCCCCCCUACGCUAUCGUCCUUAUCUCCUGUUCCGGCCUCCUGGCCUUCGUCUUCCUCCUCCUCACCUGUCUCUGCUGCAAGCGAGGGGACGUCGGAUUCAAGGAGUUUGAGAAUCCUGAGGGGGAGGAUUGCUCUGGGGAAUACACACCUCCCGCGGAGGAGACCUCGUCCUCCCAAUCGUUGCCCGACGUCUACAUCCUCCCGCUGGCCGAGGUCUCCCUGCCACUGCCUGCCCCCCAGCCCUCGCGUUCAGAUCUGGGGACAUCCUUGGGCCUGAGCCGCCAGCAUCUGAGUUACCUGCAGGAGAUCGGGAGUGGCUGGUUUGGGAAGGUUAUCCUGGGAGAGAUUUUCUCAGACUUCAGUCCAGCCCAGGUGGUGGUGAAGGAGCUGAGGGUCAGCGCGGGGCCAUUGGAGCAACGUAAAUUCUUGACCGAGGCUCAACCCUACCGGAACCUCCAGCACCCCAACAUCCUCCAAUGCCUUGGCCUCUGUGCGGAGACCCUGCCCUUCCUGCUCAUCAUGGAGUUCUGUCAGCUGGGAGAUUUGAAGCGUUACCUCCGGGCCCAGCGGCCUCCUGAGGGUUUGGCCGCCGAGCUGCCCCCGCGGGACGUGCGGACUCUGCAGAGGAUGGCGCUGGAGAUUGCCCGCGGGCUCGCCCAUCUGCAUGCCCACAACUACGUGCACAGUGACCUCGCCCUUCGCAACUGUCUGCUCACAUCGGACCUCACAGUGAGGAUCGGGGACUACGGCCUAUCCCACAGCAACUACAAGGAGGAUUACUAUUUGACCCCUGAGCGUCUCUGGAUCCCCCUCCGAUGGGUAGCCCCCGAGCUUCUGGAUGAGCUUCAUGGUAGCCUGAUGGUUGUGGACCAAAGCAGGGAGAGCAAUGUCUGGUCUCUGGGGGUGACCCUGUGGGAGUUGUUUGAGUUCGGUUCCCAGCCAUAUCGCCACCUCUCCGAUGACGAGGUCCUCGCCUAUGUGAUCCGCCAGCAGCACGUGCAGCUGGCCCGACCCCGCCUCAAACUGCCCUACGGGGAUUACUGGUACGAAGUCCUGCAGUCCUGCUGGCGGCCCCGCACGCAGCGGCCCUCGGCCUCCGACCUCCAGCUCCAGCUCACCUACCUCCUGUCCGAGCGCCCUCCGCGGCCCCCACCGCCGCCCCCGCCCCCUCCGCCGCCUCCUCCUCCUCCGCCCCCUCCGCCGCCGCCCCCCAGGCCCCGGCCCCCGGGCCCACCGCCCGCCUUCGCCUGGCCCUGGCCGGCCCCGGCGCCCCCGGCCCGACCCCCGGCCCUGUCCCCAUUCCCGUUGCUCGACGGCUUCCCGGGCGCCGACCCCGACGACGUGCUGACCGUCACCGAGAGCAGCCGCGGCCUCAACCUGGAGUGCCUCUGGGAGAAGGCCCGGCGCGGGGCCGGCGCGGGGCCUGGCCCGGGGGGUCCCGCUUGGCAGCCGGGCUCGGCGCCCCCCGCCCCGUCCAACCCCUUCUACGAGGCCCUGGCCGCCCCCAGCGUCCUGCCAGUCAUCAGCGCCCGCAGCCCCUCGGUCAGCAGCGAGUACUUCGUCCGGCUGGAGGAGCACGGCUCCCCGCCCGAGCCCCUCUUCCCCGCCGACUGGGACCCCCUGGACCCCGGCGCGGCCGCCCCGCAGCCUGCCCCGCCGGACGUCCCGCAGCUGGUCUCCGAGACCUGGGGGUCGCCGCUCUUCCCCGCCCGGCCCCGCUCGUUCCUAGGCGGCUGGGAUCCCGAGGGCCGGGGCGCCGGGGACACUCUGGCCGGAGACCCCGCCGAGGUCUUGGGCGAACGGGGGGCGGCCACGUGGGGCGAGGACGACGAGGACGAGGAGGAGGAGGAGGAAGAGGAGGAAGGGGAGAGUUCCCUGGGGGGCGGCGGCAGUAGCGGGGGGAGCCGGGGUCGCCGGGGUCCCCGGCCUUGCCCGCUGUGCAGCCGCGGCGGGGGUCCGUGCUCCUGCGCCCCGCUGCGCCGGGGGGACGCGGUGACCGGCUGGGGGGGCCACCCGGCCCUCGGCUGCCCCCGCCCCCCCGAAGACGACUCGUCCCUCCGGGCCGAGCGUGGCUCCCCUGCCGACGGCCCGGCGCCCCCCCCCUGCUCGGCCCCCCCCGAGGUCCGGGACCCCCUCAUGGGGGCGGCGGCGCCCCAGUACCCCGGGCGGGGGCCCCCUCCGGCCCCUCCACCGCCGCCUCCCCCUCUCCCGGCCGCGGGCCCCCCCCGGGGCGCCCAGGGCUCGGGGGACCCCCCAGACCCGCUGUCCAGCAGCCCGGACCUGUGCAGUCCGGCCUCCCGCCUGUCCUCGCCGGGCCCUCGGCCGGGGGACAGUGGCUACGAGACGGAGAACCCGCUCUCGCCCGAGCUGGCCUCCCAGGACACACCGACGGCCCGCGCCCCCCCGGAACCCCCCGACCCCCCCGGGGCCGGGGAGGGGGGCGGGGGUGGCGGGGAGCGGGGGGCGCCGGGGUUCGUGGUGCAGGUGAGCACCGAGCAGCUGCUGGUUUCCCUGCAGGAGAACGUGACCCGAAACCUGCUGGGGGCGCGGCGGGGGGCCCGGCCCCCGGGGGAAGCCCAGGGGCGCCGGGAGAAAGGGACCGAGCCGAGCUGGGGCCCAGGAGGGCCGGUCGGCGGGGGGACGGUGACAGACCCAGGCUUGAAGGCCCCAGGGAGCGGGGAGGCGGCGAAGGACCAAGGCCCGGAGGCGCCGGAGACCAGUCGGGGGACAGAGACGGACCCCGGCUCGAAAGCCCCCGGGAGCAGGGAGAGAGUGACCAACCUAGGCCCCAGAGCCCCCGGGAGCGGGGAGAGAGUGACCGACCUAGGCCCGAGAGCCCCCGGGAGCGGAGAGAGAGUGACCGACCUAGGCCCCAGAGCCCCCGGGAGCGGAGAGAGAGUGACCGACCUAGGCCCCAGAGCCCCCGGGAGCGAGGAGAGAGUGGCCGACCAAGGCCCGAGAGCCCCCGGGAGCGGGGAGACAGUGGUCGACCUAGGCCCCAGAGUCCCUGGGAGCGAGAGAGUGACAGACCUAGGCCCCAAAGCCCCCGGGAGCGAGGAGAGAGUGACCGACCUAGGCCCCAGAGCCCCAGGGAGCAGGGAGAGAGUGGCCGACCUAGGUCCCAGAGCCCCCGGAACCAGGGAGAAGGUGACCGACAAAGGAGCCAGAGUCCCAGGCAGCAGGGAGAAAGGAAUAGGCCGAGGAGCAAAAGCCCCAGGGAAUGGCGAGAAAGGGACAGACGAAGGGGCGAAAGCCCCAGAGAGUGGGGAGAAAGGGACGGACAACAACGGGGUGAAAGCCCCAGGGAGCAGGGAGAAAGCGACAGGCAAUGGGGCGAAAGCCCCAGGGAACGGGGAGAGAGUGAGCCACAAUGGGGUCAGAGUCCCAGGAUUAGGGGAGAAAGUGACAGACAAUGGGGUGAGAGCCCUAGGGAGCGGGGAGAAGGUGACAGAAGAUGGGGUGAAAGCCCCAGGGGGCGGGGAGAAGGCGCCAGAAGAUGGGGUGAAAGCCCCAGGGGGCGGGGAGAGACGGGCCGGCAAUGGAGCCCGAGGCCACGAGGCUCAAGCCCCAGGGACCAAGGAGAGAGUGACGGAGAAUGGGGGGCAAAGUCAAGGGAGGGCGGAGGAAGCCCAAGACCCUGGAGUGAAAAUUCAAGGGAGCCACAAGAAAUCAUGGGAGAAUGUGGGACAAGUCCAAGGGACCCUGGAGAAAGUCCGAGAAAACGGGGGGAGAGUCCCAGGGAGCGGGGGGAAGGGGACGGAGAACUGCGGGGGAGCCCCAGGGAGCAGGGGGAGAGUGACAGAGAAUGGGCAGAGGGUCCUAGAGAACAGGGAGAGAACAGUCCUCGAGAGCGGGGGGCGAGCCCCGGGGAGUGGGCAGAGAGCCCCGGGGGCCGGGCCGAUGGGCAGGCCGGCGGGGGACGGGGGGCCAGGCAGCCUGGGGGGCGGCGCAGGGCCCGGAGACGGCGUGGCCGGAGGAAGCGAGGAGGUGCCGGAGCAGAGGGGGCUGACGGAGCGGGGGCCGGGGCUCGGGGGGCCGAGGCCGGAGCCACCGACGCCGGAGACGCCACCCCGCCGAGAGAGCCCGGGGCCCGGAGGGGCCGCCGAGGAGCCCGGCGCCCUGGCAGACGGCGGAGGGGAGCCCGGCGGAGACGGGGGGUCGCCCCCCAAGACGACCAAGCGGGGACCGGAGAUGCCCCGGCUCUUCCUGGACCUGGGACCACCACCGGGGAGCAGCGAGCAAAUCAAAGCCAAGCUCUCCCGCCUCUCCCUGGCCCUGCCCCCGCUCACCCUUACCCCAUUCCCGGGGCCCGGUCCCCGCCGGCCUCCUUGGGAGGGUGGGGACACAGGGGUCUCUGGUGGAGCCGGGGAGGCUGGAGGCCCAGCAGAGGUGGACGAGGAGGAGGAGGAGCAGGAGGAGGGCGAGGAGGAGGAGGAGGAGGAGGCAGCGAUGGAUGGGGGCCCUGGACGAGACCACACAGCCCCAGUGCCCAUUGUGGUGAGCUGCGGGGACGGGGGGCGGCCGCUCCGUGGGCUCCUCAAGUCACCCCGAGGGGCCGAGGAGCCAGAGGAGACCGAGUUGGAGAGGAAACGCAAGAUGGUGUCCUUCCACGGAGAUGUAACCGUCUACCUCUUCGACCAGGAGACCCCAACCAACGAGCUGAGCAGCCAGGGCACCCCAGAGGGGGACCCAGGCCUGUCCACCCCGCCGGCACCCCCGACGCCCCCCAAUCCCUCCACCCCGGGAGACAUUUUCCCCAGCAGCGACAGCAGCUUCGGCGGCAGCUUCGAGUGGGGGGAGGACUUCCCACUCCUGCCCCCAUCGGGACCCCCCCUCUGCUUUUCCCGCUUCUCUGUCUCCCCUGCCCUGGAGACCCCAGGGCCCCCGGCCCGGCCCCCCGACACCGCCCGCCCCGCAGGCCCCGUGGAGGACUGACUCCGGAUUCUGCCCCUCGCCCACCCGGCCCCCCGCCUCCUGGGCAGGGGGAGAUGGAGAUAGAGCUGCCCGCCGGAGGAGAAACUGAGGCCGAGCC